AUGAAGGACUUCAAGAAGGUUGUCUACAAGUACGACUCGCAAUCACUCGACGAGUUCCAGGUCAUCGUCAAUGGGGAUGAAUAUGAAAAGUGGAUCAAGGGCGACAAGACCAUCCCACUCACCGACGUCGUCGACAGCUUUGACGUUUUUAUCACCGGGCAAGGAAAGGAGGGCCUAAUGGGCCGUGCAUCCAAGCAGCAGCUCGAGAAUGUCUUUGGCACCAGCAAAAGCACAGACGUCAUCCUACAGAUCCUCGAGAAGGGGCAGUUGAUCGCGAGCUCUGUUAAAGAUCGAUUUUCGACCACAAAUGACUCGAAGGCGAACCACAACAUCCGCUCUGCCGGUAGUAUGAGCGGAGGCGGACACGGCGGACGCUGAGGCCAGUCAAGUGAAGGGAGAGAAGAGAGGAGGCAGAGGCUUGCCUCACCGUAGCAUACGAGCUAUGUCACCACUGAAAGAAAGGGAAUUAAUAACACUAACAAGCAAGACAAUGGGG